UUUUCGUUUAUUUUCGUGUUUGAAUAUCUUUUGUAUUUUCUAUUAACCAGAAUCUUUGUGGAUUUUUUCAUCCAUCUAAAGCAGAAUUAUCCAGGGUGGUUAUAUCAUUUCCGGACACAUUGUUUUGUAUAUGCUCAAAUAAUUACUCUGGGUAAGCUCUCGCUGGAGGGGUAUCGAUGGAGGGGUAAUUAUUUGAAAGUGAGUUUGAGAGGAUCUCAAUGAAAUAUGGACGAAAUUAAUUACUUUUUGACUCUUAAAAUGUUCCAAUAAAAUUUAGGUCAUUUUUUAAUAUUUUAAAGAAACAGAGGGUAAUUAUUUAAGUAUAGUUGUUAAUUUUUUAUUAAUUAAAUAUGUAUUAAACUCUGAAUUUUAAAAUACCGACGAAUAUCCAAAAACUAUUUUAAUUAUUAAUUCUCUUCUUGAUUUAAAAUCUACAAAAAAAUUACAAAAUUAUCUCUACAAAAAUCAUCAAAAAUCGUUUUUAUCCCUUUCUCAUAAAUCAAAUAAAUUUUCUUAAAUAUUCUAAUAUAACACUUUCGCGUUAUUAUUAUUAAUAUACAAUAUUUAAUUCAUCAUUUAUUUAUCUAAUCUUUAUAUUCGAUUAUAAUAUUUUUUAUUCUUCCCAUUAUAGAUUUAUUAAUUUUAAAAAUAAGAGAAGGAUUUUAAUAAAAAAAAUAAUUUUAAUUUAAUAAAUUAUUAUUUAUAUACUAUGUAUUUAUUAAUUAAUUAAAAAUGAAAAUUUGUUUUAGAGGAACUCUUAAAAAAUUAAAAAAAAUAUUUUAAAAAGAACUCCAGUUUAAUUAAUAAAAUGAAGGAAUUUGAGAGGAGACGAAGUGUAAACGGAAUUGGCAAAGUAGGAAGUGCCAGUUCUUUGUCGGCUGGAAGAGAAACAGAAACUAUUUUAAAUCCAGAAUGGCUUUCUGAUGAUUUUUGUUCUUCUGAAGAAUUGGAUAAACUAAGUAUGUGCUUAAGUGAGGCUUCUUCUUCGGAAAAUAAUGGGGGUAGACAAAGACAAUCACUUUUAGCGGAUAUUGUUCAAGCUCAAUUGGCCCUUUGGACUUUGAUUAUAACAAUAUUUUAUUCUUAUGCCUGGCAAAAUCAUCGAAAGAAAUUUCUUCUUUCUGUGUUUGUUGUACUUCCAACAGCAAUGGUUGUUUGCUGUACUUUAUCUUCAAUGCUUACAGUUAUUGUUAUUUUGGGUCGAUUCUUUUCUUCACCCGUCCGUUUUCAAGACAUUCUACAUGUUGAUGGAGGGAAUGACGAUAAUGAUGGAAGUGUAAGCACAACUGGAGGGGGAAAUGGUGGCGGGGGAGGAGGUAUUAGACGUAGAACAACUUCUGUCUCUUCUUGUCACUCUUGUGGUGGUAGUUCAAUUAAAGGAUUUACUUUCUCUUGUGAUGAAUUACCUAAACCAAUGUGUCGAAAGCAUUCUGCCGAAGGUUCUUCUCUUUCAUUAUUUGGAAGUAAUGGGAACGGAAGUGGAAUUGUUCGUUCAGAUUCAAUUGGGGGUUAUAGUGCUAGACCUAGAUUGACACAUCAAUACUCCCAUUCACCUGCAGAUGGCUCUGGAACUUCUGCUGUUGUUGACCGUUGA